CAUAUACCUGGUAUGUGUACCGCUUCCAGCUGAGCCUGUGAUGUACAGAGGGACUGCGCGCGAUUGCUAAUUUGUCGGGCAUGUCGACAGGCGCUUUCUGCGAUAGGAGCCUCCCUUGACAGUCGCACACGGCUGCUGUGACAGCAGCAUAGCCAGCAGUGCAUGACGGAAGCGGGUUAAAGCCGCAUACUGUACACGCCGGGCCCAGGCCACCAAACCUCGCCCGUGCUUUCCUGGAGGGUGGCCGACCUUGCCAAGGGCCGGCUCCAUCCUAAUGGCGGCAUCAGCUAGAGCCUCUAUAACACCCCUGACACGCAAGCUUGCUGCUAGCCCAGCAGCCUUGUGCCCUGCACGGGGCUUCUGUGGUGGCCGCCGAGGACUGGGCGCCACGCCAGGUGUUGCAGACGCAGCAACAAAACACUAUGAUGCGGUGGUGGUGGGCCUGGGCGCCUUCGGCAGUGCGGCGUUGUACCACCUCGCCAAGUCGGGACUGAAGGUGCUGGGCAUUGAGCGGCACAGCCCCGUGGGUCACGGCCUGGGCUCCUCGCACGGCGCCAGUCGCAUCAUCCGCAUGGCCUACUUCGAGGGACUGCAGUACGGCCCGCUGCUGAAGCGGAGCCUGCAGCUGUUCCUGGACCUACAAGAAGAGGUGGCGGCGCGGGGCAGCCAGCAGGGGGCGGGGGGCCAGCACGAGCAGCUGUUCACACGCACAGGCAUGUUGGACGUGGGGUCCGUGUUUGAGCGCUCGCUGGAGUCGGCGCGCGUGCACCACCUGCAGCACGAGGUGCUAACAGGGGCAGAGCUGAACAAGCGGUUCCCAGCCUACCGGGUGCCGGAGCACUGGCAGGCGCUGCUGCAGCCAGACGGGGGCGUGCUGGCACCGGAGCGCAUCGUGCAGGCGCACGUGCGGCUGGCACAGGUGCUGGGCGCUGACGUGGCGGUGGGGGAGGCCGUCACGCACUGGCAGGUGGAGGGAGACGGCUCGCCGGGUGCCGGCGUGACGCUGCGGCUGGCGCCGGCGGGGGGUGGUGGCGGCGGCGCUGAGCGGCAGGUGGCGGCGGCGGCGGUUGUGAUGACUCCGGGGCCCUGGAUCGGUCAGCUGGUGCCGGAGCUGGCGGACCUGUGCGUGCCGGAGCGGCAGGUGGUGGGCUGGUUCCAGAUCGAACCGUCUGCGCGGCCGCACUUCUCGCCUGAGCGCUUCCCGGUGUUUGUGAUCGAGGAGUCCCCGGGCGGUGCCGCAUACUACGGCUUCCCCGAGCACGGCGACCUGCCAGGCUUCAAGAUCGGCCUGUACCGCCACCUGCGCGAGCAGCUGCGCGGCCCCGGCGCCGUGGACGGCGUGCGGCGCUCCGCCGACGCCGCCGACGAGGCCGCGCUGCGCGCCGGCGCCGCCGCCUACUUUCCCGCCGCCGGGUCCGGCGCGCUGUUGCACGCCAGCGCCUGCUACUUCACAAACACGCCGGACGGGCACUUCCUUGUGGACCGGCACCCGCGCCACCCGCAGGUCAUUUUGUGCUCGGCCUGCUCCGGACACGGCUUCAAAAUGAGUUCCGGCAUUGGGCAGCUGAUGGCGCGCAUGGUGCUGGACGGGCCGCCGGGCGGCAGCAGCAGCAGGAGCAGCAGCAGCAGUAGCAGCAGCAGCAGCAGCAGCAGCAGCAGUAGCAGCAGUAGCAGUAUCAGCAGUAGCGGGGCGGCGGCGGGCGGAGCUGGCGGCAGCUGGGCGGAGCUGCUGCCGUUUCGCUUUGACCCGGAGGGGCGGCCGGGGCACAGGGAGGCGCUCGCGCGCUUCCUGCGGUGACGUGGCCUUGCCUCUAGCUGCUGGCGGCGGUGUUGCAGUCCGCCCGAGUGCCGUAUGGGGCGCGCGGCUGUCUGUGUCAAGAGUGCAGUUGCCUCCGGGUUGUGGCUGCCUUGGCUCACAGCACGUCCGCGUGCGCCUCUUGUGCGCUCGCGCUGGUUACGUGCGUGUGUGUGAGUGUAUGUCUUAAUAUGGGCGGAGUCUGUAACGAGCUACGAUGUGAAUAGCUCAACACGUAAUUUAGAAGUUGCAGAGCCCGGCAUGCCCCAAACAAACACAUUGCGCGCUUGCGGCCCUCAGAGACUGUCGAUUGGGGUGUAACGUCAUUCCACGACAACACACAAGACCCGAUGCACGCGCCGUAACUGGCUACGUGACACGCGUGCGUGUGGAAUUGACAGUGACUGUGGGAGGGGGGCGAGUGUGAGCCCAGUAGGGCAGCCUGAGCCAAGAUGGAGUGUUUAUGAAUGUGCGAUGGGACAGUGGCAAGGCAGGUCCCAGACCCCAGCAGAUGGCAAACAGUUUACAACGGCAGGGCAGGAGUGCGCGGCUGGUCGAACGUCGGAUGGUGUUGAUGGGGUGCUCGCGGAGUGUGUGUGGAUGCAGCUCCCCAGCUCGGGCCCAGGCUAUAAAGGCAGAGGCCGGUGAGCGUUGGACGUACGGUAAUCUGCGAGGCGGGGGCUGGGAGCUGAGGCUUUGCUUGUGUACACAAUGAAGUGGUGGUGAUGCGCGGGGGCUGUCUGCAGUUGGAUUAUUAGCCGGAUGGGGCUCGGAGAAGGCGUCGAAUGCCACACACACUCAGUGUCAACUGAAGCAUCAGUUGCGCAGCCCGAACCUCAGCCUGACUGAUUGGGGGCCACCGGACUGACGGGCACGUGGCCUGACUGAUGAAAGUUUGCGCAGCUCGCGUGAGGCAGGGUUGUCGUGUACAUGGGAGAUGCGACGGGGUGCGGUGAUGGCAGUAGUAAUGAGUUGAGCGUUUACGUAGGGCUGUCCAUAGGGUUACAGCUGUGAAACAGUCCCGCAGGCUGCGUCUGCCCUCGCAACCGGAGGUAACACUGGCAUGGCUUCACGCACCGUGUAAGCUGUCAUCCUG